UCGUUUGACUCAGUCUUCGUUCAGCGCUGGAUGGUGACGGUUCUCGGUUCUCGCCGCAGAGCGUAGUGAAACCCUGGAAAUUCCAAUUUGAGUAAAAAAACGCGAUUCGAUUGAUCCGUCGGGAUUUGUGUGCUUUGAAGGAUAUCAAACGGACGUAGUCCUGCGUCAAAAAGGAUUAAGCUCAAGCUCCAACCAAACCUCUUUUAGUGCAGUUUUGUGAUUUUAAGUUAAAAAAAAACCUUUUUAAAAAUGAUGAACGAUCCGGCCGCCCUGGGGAUGAUCCCCUUUGACACGAUUGGAUUAUACGAGCAGCCCAAGCCGAGAUUCAUCUUCAAAAUGCCCCGCGUCGUGCCCGACCAGAAGAACAAGUUCGAGACGGACGACCUGUUCAAAAAGCUCAGCCGGGACAGUGAGGUCCGCUUCACUGGCUUCCGGGACCGCCCGAUCGAGGAACGACGGGGUCGCUUCCGGGCCGGCUGCUGCGAGGGUCACACCGAGGUGUCGUUCGCCGCGACCGGCAUCAACCUGCAGCUGAUGUUCAACCCCAACCACGGCCUGUACCACCACCCGCACCACCACCACCACCAUCACCCGGUCCAUCUAGGCAUCGAGAAGGAGUGCGACUUUGACAAGGAGCACGGCAAGGUCCACAUCAAGUCCCACCUGAUCAUGAACGGAGUGUGCGUACGGUUCCGCGGCUGGCUGGACAUGGAACGGCUCGACGGAAUCGGUUGUCUCGAGCUAGACGAAAAGCGGGCCGCCCAGGAGGACGCCAUCCUGCGGGAACAGCUGGACCGUUACAACCAGAGGCUGCGCGACUUUGAGGACAAGCAGCGAACGUACCAACGCACCACCCAGGACGAGUUCGAACAGAUGCGCCGGAACGCGGGUACCGGAAUCGGUGUCGGCGUCGGAACCGGGGCCACUGGCAUGUGGAGGCGAUAAGCUCGCAAACAAGAAACGGAUGAAAUGAUGUGAUUUUAAUACUCUCCCCCCAACUGCUCCACAAUAUAAAAGUCCACCCACUUAAGCCAGAUAGAUGUAUGUAACACAUUGAAAUCGACGAGCAUUUUAACUACUUAAAAAGAAUCAACUUAGAUGUCCCUGCCCCGGCAAUAGCAGUAGUAGCAUCAAAACACUUCAUUUUUGUAAAUAUAAUUUUACUUUUCAAAUGCGCCACGCACAAAAAAGCUAGGAAACACCUUUCGUUCGAUUCGAUGAUUGUUGUUACGUUUGCAAUUUUAUAUUUUAAACCUAUUUUUGAUUACUUAUACACAGCUGGCUAGAAAUCGACAGAGACUUUUUUAUAUUUAAUUUUAAAACCUUUACGUGUAAGGCCAAAACGAUGAAAUCUCAAAGGAGCUACCAAAUACGAAGCAGAACGAUUGCGAUUUUUUUUUCUUUCCUUCUGUCGUUCGCGAAGAUUAUAAUAUAAAUAUAUUAGGUUUCUAAGUUUAAGGUGUCAAUAAAUACGAUAACAUUUUGUUACAAUGAUUUUAAAA